UUGGGUUGUAUGAAUCCAUUAUAUAGCAUUAGCGAAGAGGACGUAAUAAUAUCAUUACAUCAACGUGGAUUCCUUUGGUUAUCAUUCAUUCCAUGUUGGUUUCUUUCACCUGAAUGGAGUCGAUGCACUACGGUUGAAUUCUCAUUUGUGAGCGAUAGUUCGGCUGUAUCGGCGCUAAAGUGUGGGGUCGAUCUUGUAUACCGGCAAAAAUUGGAAUUUACACAUAGAAUGGUACAAUGCAUAACCUCAUACGAUGGUCCUUUCACAUCGUAUGAAAGAUUUCCCUUUUAUAAUCCUGAUCAAUUCAGUGGCAGUGACGGCUCUAGGGGAACUUCUGGUCACUAUUCUUAUGAGCAAUUCUACAAAACUGCCGCCUUGGACCGCUAUAACAAUCGUAGUAUUUUCAAUCAAUGUAUUCUUCAAUGUGAAAUCUCAGAGUGGUUCAGCCAUGACUCGCUACCGUCAGAUUUGUCACCUAAGUUUGACUUUCAUCCAUCCACUUUGUAUAAUUUUUGUUUCCCUCCAAGUAAAAUUCAAGACUGGUUUUGUCAUCCGAAUCAUGGACACUUAGUGACAAUUGACCUACCCUCAAAUUUGUACCACGAUAGUAAUUGGAUGGGACUUGUUCUAUAUGCUUCUUUCUCCAUCAAUGGGGAUCCAAACAUCAUCUUUAGCAAUCUGGCAUCAGGAAAAUCUCACUUCCUAUAUUGUCAAUGCCAAAUGAGUAUGGCUAAUAUCGAUAAUCAAAAAAUUGCUUUCUCCACCAAUAAAGAAGAAAUCACGUGGUUACUUAAUCUAGGUGAAUUCAUUUAGAUAUGCUACGAACCAGGAAAGCCAUUU